AUGGAAGGGAAAGGGGCAAAAUUUACAUUCCAGGAGCUAAAAGGAAAGAAAUUUGAAUCGAUUGAGGGGAAAGAUAACAAAGAACUUUUUAUGAAAUGGUCAAUGCACGGGAGACUAAAAUGUCAGAUGUAUUCAUUUGACCAACCGUUUCAAGCAUAUCAGAAAGAUGAUUUUGUUGCUGAUUUUCUCAAGGACCCAAAUGUGGUGUCAUCUCUGCAGACUGUAUCAGAGAGCUGCACCUGGUCACCAGUUGGUGUGUCUGCGACCAGUGUGACAGCUGAACCUGUUCCUUGUACUGUGUUGUCUAUGACGCUGUUUGACAGACUCACUGACAAGGACAUUGUAAGAGAAAAUGGUGCCAUAAGGAAAUGCUUUGACGAGUUCUAUGAUGACUUCACUAUUUCAGAUGAACUCAGGAAGCUACUGCUGAUAGACGACUCUGACAACUACUGUUUAUACAGUGAUAGCGAGCGAGAGGAGUUUCUGUUCCGACUGUUCAAACACAUCUGUCUGGGAGGGAAAGUCUGCCAAUAUGAAGACAUUAUUGACCCCUACCUAGAGUUAACGAAACAAGUGUAUAAGGAUCUCAUCAGUGUUCAGAAAAAUUCAGAAACCAAAGAACUAAACAUCAUAUCAAGUGUGUUCAAAGUGACGGCCUCGGAUGAUGACCACAUGUACUACCCUGCAGACAAACCUCAUGAGCAGACUUUUUCCUAUUUUGUUGUGGAUCCAUUCAAACGACACGUAGCUGUCCUGUACCACAAAUUUGGCUCCAGUGUGUUUGACUGACAUUCUGUAUUCAACACAUCUAAUCAUGCAUAUUAUCGCAUCAGCAUUUAUUUUGUCAAUCAUGAAAUAAAUUCAUAUGUUUUUGUAAAAAAGCUUUCAGAAACUUUUCAAAGUGAAUUCAAUGUUCCUCUAAUAAAU